AUGGAGGGAGAGUCAUAUCAACAAAAAUUGCUUAUAAGAAUCACCUCUUCCAAGUCACCAAUGUUUAUACUCCUCCAAAUAGUAAGGACAGAAAAUAGAUGGACACCUUCAAGCUACUUGGAUACAAAAUCUAUGCAAAUGGACAACCAAAGAAAGACUUAUAGUCCUCCACAAUUACCAAACUUAAGAAUACGCUUUCCAAACUAG